UAUAUAUAUAUGUAUAUAUAUUUGUAUAUAUUUUUAAAACAAUUGAUAGUAAUGCAAUUAUAGUUACUAGCUCCAUUUGUGUUCAGUGUGGUUUGGGUUCCGCCAAGGAGUGUUGUGUGUGUACUUCACAGUUGGAGAGGGGGUUCAGUUAGAAAGAAGUGUAGAAAGGCAUGGAUUUUGCCACUUUUGUGUUUGAAGUGGAUGAUUUGGUUGGAGCGGAAUCGGCGCAUGUUUUAGGGCAUGGAUGACUCCAUGGUUUGUAUAAUGGCUCGGUUUCUGGUGAUUCUGUAUAGCUCGGUGACGGGGACUGUGUCUCCAGAUUUGUUUGCUUUUGUGGAUUUUAUAGAUGCCUUCAUUUUUUAGGUUUGGGUUUGUUGAUAGUCUUGGAUGUAUUCAUUAGCACCGGCUUGAUGCUCAUUCUUUAAUAAAAUUACUCUUAUUUAUCCCAAAAAAAAUAGUUACCAGCUCCAUCUAAUUCAAGCUUAUAUAUUCUGAAAGAAAUGGCCUUGAAAAAUAUGUGCAAUUAUACAUAAUUAAUUAAUCUUUGUUUGCAAUGAGCUUUUUGUUUGCAGAUUGCUACAUGAUGCUUUGUUACGAGAUUUUUCAACUCUAUUUUUGUGGUUUGAAGUCUAAUGGUUGUCAUUGUCCAAGUGGUCACAGUUUUCUUCUGUCCUGUACAAUAUUACUCAAUUUUCUUCUUCAUUAUUUGUAUAGUGUGGUUAGUCAUUCAAGAAGUGAUCACUUGAUAUCAUCUGCCAAGACUUGAGAACAUAAAAUUUCCCCUUGAUUUUUUCCCUUGAAGCUCCAUUCAAUGGCUGCUGAGACCUCCUCUUCCAAAUCUCGUUGUUCUUAUCUUGUGUACUUGAGUUUUGCCGAAGACACUUGCAAAAAAUUUACAGACCACCUCUAUACAGCGUUGAUUGGUGCAGGUUUUCGCACGUUUAGAAAUGAUGAUGAUGUUAUGGAGAGAGGUGAACUGGAAAAAGCAAUCAAGGAAUCAAGGAGCUCCAUAAUUGUAUUCUCAAAAGACUAUGCUUCUUCGCGAAGGUGCCUUGAUGAACUUGUGAUGAUCCUUGAGUGCAAGAGGAACUUCGAACAUGUUAUUUUACCAGUUUUCUAUGGCAUGGAUCCAUCCCAAAUUAGGAAGCAAACUGGCAGUGUUGCAGAAGCAUUUGCAGGGCAUGAAGCUCAAUUUGAGGUGGAAAUUGAUGAAAGAAAUGGGAAACUAGGGAUGGAGAAGGUGGAAGCGUGGAGAGAAGCACUCAGAGAAGUUGCAGAUCUUGGAGGUUUGGUCUUGCAAAAUCAAGCUGACGGGUAAAUUUUGUUGGGCAUGAGUCAAAGUUUAUCCAAAUAAUUGUUCGAGAGAUUGCUAACAAAUUGGAUCGUACGGUCUUGAGUGUCACUCCCUACCUAACAAGUAUAGAAUCUCGUGUAAAAGACAUCAAUUCGUGGUUACAAG